UACAGCGUCGACUUCGCACGAUGAUUGGCUGUUUACUCUCCGGCCGCGACGUGAUUGGCUGGCGUGCUCGGCGAUUGGGCACCGGGAGCCGAGGGGCGGGAGGCGCGAAUUCGUCCGUGUGGAGCCGCUGAGCUGCAGCGUUCAGGAGGAGGAGUGGCCGUGGCUGGGCACCUGGCCGCGCCUGACGCAGUGACGUAUCUAAAGUCAAGAAGAAAGCAAAAUGUCUUCCUCAAUGUCAUCGGAAUACACUAUUGGUGGGGUGAAGAUUAACUUUCCUUGUAAAGCUUAUCCAGCACAGCUUGCUAUGAUGAGUUCUAUUGUCAGGGGGCUAAACAGUAGUCAGCAUUGUUUGUUGGAGAGCCCCACAGGGAGUGGAAAAAGUUUAGCCUUACUUUGUUCUGCGUUAGCAUGGCAACAAUCUCAUAUUGGAAAGCCAGUGGAUGAGGGCUUAAAUAAAAAGCCUGAGGUGCCAUCAUCAUGUUGUUGCACAUGCCAUUCAAAGAAUUUUACUCACAGUGACAUGAGCACGGGCACGUCACCUCAUUUCAGUAGUCCAAGCAAGCUGUCUGAAAGAAAUGGGACUUCGUCACCCUGUCGAGACUCUCCUGAAAAAAAUACUCUGGCUGCAAAGUUAUCUGCCAAGAAACUGGCAUCCGUACAGAGAGAUGAAGAUGAUGAUUUUCAAAUAGAGAAGAAAAGAAUCCGACCCUUGGAAACUGCACAGCAGAUGAGAAAACGUCAUUGCUUGGAAAAGGAUGUCCACCAUCUGGAUGCAGAAGUAGCUUCGGAAAAGAGAGUAAAACCUGAGUCACCUGUAAGAAAGACAAGCUCCUCUUUCCAAAAUCUCGAUGGCCCGUGUUCUAGGUGCUGCUGUUCUACUAAGCAAGGACACAGUGAAGACUCUGCAAACACUCUGAAGAAAGAUCAUGGGGGACAAUCCAAGAGACCCAAAAUUUAUUUUGGGACCCGCACACACAAGCAGAUUGCUCAGAUCACUAGAGAGCUCCGAAAGACAGCUUACUCAGGGGUCCCAAUGACUGUUCUUUCCAGCAGGGAUCAUACUUGUGUUCAUCCCGAAGUAGUGGGCAACUUCAACAGAAAUGAAAAGUGCAUGGAGCUACUGGAUGGAAAACAGGGAAAAUCCUGCUAUUUUUAUCAUGGUGUCCAUAAAAUUAGUAAUCAGCAGACAUUGCAGUCUCUUCAGGGGAUGUCCAAGGCCUGGGACAUAGAAGAGCUUGUCAGCCUUGGGAGGAAACUGAAGGCAUGUCCCUACUACACAGCUCGGGAGCUGAUAGAUGAUGCUGACAUAAUCUUUUGUCCCUAUAACUACCUCUUGGACGCACAAAUAAGGGAAAGUAUGGAUAUAAAGCUGAAGGAGCAAGUUAUCAUUUUAGAUGAAGCGCAUAACAUUGAAGAGUGUGCUCGGGAAUCAGCAAGCUACAGUGUAACAGAAGUUCAGCUUAGGUUUGCACGGGAUGAGCUAGAUAGUUUGGUCAACAGUAAUGUAAGGAAGAAAAGCCAUGAGCCCCUACGAGAUGUGUGCUAUAACCUCAUUAAUUGGCUAGAAACAAAUUCUGAACAUCUUGUAGAAAGGGACUAUGAAUCGUCUUGUAAAAUUUGGAGUGGAAAUGAAAUGCUCUUAAAUUUGUACAGAAUGGGCAUUACCAAUGCUACUUUUCCCGUUUUGCAGAGACAUUUUUCAGCUGUUCUUCAAAAAGAAGAAAAAGUCACAUCAGUCCAUGGUAAAGAGGAAGCAAUACAGAUCCCUAUUAUUAGUGCUUCAACUCAAAUAAUGCUCAAAGGACUCUUUAUGGUGCUUGACUAUCUCUUUAGAGAAAAUAGCAGAUUUGCAGAUGAUUAUAAAAUUGCUAUUCAACAAACUUACUCCUGGACAAAUCAGAUUGCUGUUUUUGAUAAAAAUGGGGUCUUGGCUGUACCAAAAAAUAAGAAACAUUCACGACAGAAGAUUGGAGUUAAUGUGCUAAACUUUUGGUGCUUAAAUCCAGCUGUGGCCUUUUCAGAUAUUAACAACAAAGUACGAACCAUUGUUCUAACAUCAGGAACGCUGUCACCUAUGAGAUCCUUUUCAUCCGAGCUCGGUGUUACAUUUAACAUCCAACUAGAGGCUAACCAUGUCGUCAGUAACUCACAGGUUUGGGUUGGUACUGUUGGCUCGGGCCCUCAGGGUCGGAAUCUCUGUGCUACCUUCCAGCAUACCGAAACAUUCGAGUUCCAGGAUGAAUUGGGAAUGCUGUUGUUGUCUGUGUGCCAGACUGUGAGCCAAGGGAUUUUGUGCUUUUUGCCAUCUUACAAGCUAUUAGAGAAAUUAAGAGACCGUUGGGUUUCCACUGGCUUAUGGCAUAGUUUGGAGUCAGUGAAGACAGUCAUCGCAGAACCGCAAAAAGGAGAAAAAGCUGAUUUUGAUGAAUUGCUGCAGGUGUACUAUGAUGCCAUCAAGUUCAAAGGAGAAAAAGAUGGAGCCCUUCUCAUAGCGGUUUGCCGUGGCAAAGUGAGCGAGGGUCUGGACUUCUCCGAUGAUAAUGCCCGUGCUGUCGUAACAGUAGGAAUUCCUUUUCCAAAUGUGAAAGAUCUUCAGGUUGAACUAAAACGACAGUACAAUGACCACCAUUCAAAGUUGAGAGGCCUUUUGCCUGGCCGUCAGUGGUAUGAAAUUCAAGCAUACAGAGCCUUAAAUCAGGCUCUAGGCAGGUGUAUUCGACACAAAAAUGAUUGGGGAGCUCUUAUUCUAGUGGAUGAUCGUUUUAAUAGCAACCCAAAUCGCUACAUAUCGGGGCUUUCUAAAUGGGUGAGGCAGCAGAUCCAGCACCACUCAACCUUUGCGAGUGCCCUGGAGUCCCUGACCGAGUUUUCUGAAAGGCACCAGAAAGUUACUAAUGGAGCCAAAAAAGACAAAAAGUGUAUGAAAGACAAGGAGUCUACUCUGGAAGUGGCCUGUUUGGAGGAGAGCACUCUUACAAGUGUGUCAAAAGCAAGUCAUCUAUCAGCAGAAAAUUCUAGGGAAGAAGCAGCAGAAGUGUGUGUCCAGGAGCCGCAGUGUCCGAAAAUGGCUGCCAGAACCCCGUCAGUACUGGGUCACGCUAUCUCCAGCAGGAAGAAAAGUGAUCCAGUGCUAAGAGGAGAAUCUGUUCAAACAGUGAAAACAGAGAGAAAUGUCAUUUCCAGAUCCUCCAGCCCCACUUUCGGGAAGCGAACAGAACCAGUCAGCUGGCCUGUCUUUAAUUCUCUGAGACGGCACUGCACUAGGAAAGUACAGAAUUGCGCACCUGCCCUCCUGUCUUCAGAGAGCCACGCCUCUGGUUCUUCCGCCUCCAAGACAGAAGACAAAACCGCUUUGCCCCUCACGGGUGAACGUGUGACCUCCAACGAAGCAGCUGGGGCAUCGUUCGCAGCUCGCCCUCAGUCAGAAACCGUGAUUUCGUCAGUGAAGGUUGACGUGACUCCUGCGAAGAACCAUUCCAGUCAGCUCUUCUGCCCUGAGAAAGAUCGCCAUCCGGAUAGGGACUUGCCUGCCGGAAGUGAAGAAGCAGCCAAGCAUGCCAGUUCAAAUAGAGCUACGGAAACAGAAGAAGCAGAGGAAGACGAGUCUCUGUGUUUCACACCGGAACUGUUUGAUCCUGUUGACACCGAUGAAGAACACGGGGAACUAGUGGAAACCGAUAGAUCCAGUAAUGAUUCGGAUUGUUUCUCAGCUGAAGACCUCUUUGAAACGGGGACUGGGUUCGGGCAGAAAUGAAAUCGAAGGCCGCACAGAACCAAGCAGAAUGGAGUCAUGCCCGGUGGGAGAGAACAAAGCCAACAGCUUGUCUAAGUGAAUUGACUUGGGGAAACUCGUGCGUGGGCAUGAGGACCUGGGAGCAGUGUGAGGGGCUCCCUGACCUCAGCUAAAGCCGUCAGGAUUUGGUUAAGCCUCCUUGUGUAAAUAAUAAUUUGCACAGUGGGUAAACGGUAUAAUUUUAAUUUUUUAGAUAUAUUUUCAUUGUAAGUCAUUAUCAGAUUUGUCUGUUUUAUGUUCAGAAAUACAAGUUUUAUUCUAGAGUUUUAAGUAGGUAAUCCAUACAGAGUACUUCCUCUAAUAUUUAGUUUCCUGGGCACUUUCAGUUUCACAGUUACUCAUGUUUUGUGGUUCACUUAUUGUGAUUUCAUAUGAACAUACAGAGAUUAAUCCCAGUUGAAUCUAGCCACACUUCAGCCAUAUGUUACUGUCUAUUUUAAUGCAAAUUCAUAGAUGUUUUUGGAAAUCGUAGUUUAUCUCCAAAAGCUUGCGAUUUCAUUAACCUGCCUGAGAUUGGAUGUAGCACACAGCUGCUUUCCCAGCAAGAGGAAGACUGGGGCUCUGGGCCUGCUUCAAAGUCAAAAGAAAAAAAUCGUUUAUGACUGGUUUAUUAGAGAGAAAAAGGUAAGAGUAUGCACAUUUCAUUGAAAUUGGGGCCUUUUUGUUUGCUAAAACUAAAAUAUCAGAAACAAAAUUAUAUGCAGUUAUAGAAUGCCAUUUGAAAUAUUCCAAAUAUCAGUUCUAAAGAAAGACCUCCACCUGGACAGGGACUUGCCUGCCGGAAGUGAAGAAGAAGCCAAACAUGCCAGUUCAAAUAAAGCUACGGAAGCAGAAGCAGAGGACGACUCUGUGUUUCACACCUGACCUGUUUGAUCCUGUUGACACUGAUGAAGAACACGGGAACUCGGGGAAGCUUCACUGUGCUCAGAGAAAGUGAUGUGCCUCACCCUCUGGUCUCCACACACGUGUGCACAGGCCACAAAUGUACACGUGUACACACACUCAUGUACACAUAUGCAUGUACACACAUAUGGAAAUAAUACACAGACACUAGCAGUGCCAGAGAUGUGAUACACUCUGGUAUAAAGUUUUGAUUCUGUAACAUUACGAUGGAAAACUUGGCAUGUAAAUUUAAUAAAUAAGCAGAUGUUACAUAUA